AUUGGUGGAUUUUGUUUUUGGAAGGGAAGGGGGGGAGCUUUGUGCAUUAAUUUAAAUUCGAAAAUUUUGUAUUUCCUUCCCCCUCCUCCCCGGGUGUCGGGCAGGUCUUGAUUUCAAUCGCCCCCUUUUACAUCCCGGGCUGCUAAUCCCGAGCUAUUUCGAGCGGGUCUCCCCUCCCUUUGUGAUUUUGGCCACAUCGCGUUGUGAGGGUGGGGGGGGACCUCUUAGGGGGAAAAAAGGGAGGGGGAAACCCACGAACCCAAACCUUGACUUGCUCUCAGCGUGAGGAGGAAGGAAGCAGCAGCAGCAGCAGCUCCGAACGGUCGGGGGGGUGUUGUUUUCUGCUCCGGGCAGCGCUUGGGUGUCUGUAUGCUAGCACUCGGUCUCGCCCGUGUUUGAGAAAGCUGGUUUGUCUGGGGGGCUGCCCCCCCCAGUGCCUGCUUCGGGGGGCCUGCCUCUCCUCGGAGAGGGUGCAGAUAGAACUCGAACUCGCCCGCCCGGCAGUCCCUUCUGAGGUUCGCUGCUCUGCACCAACCCCCGGGACAGCAAGAAUAUGCUCUUGAAGGAGUACCGGAUAUGCAUGCCUCUGACCGUGGACGAGUACAAGAUAGGACAACUGUACAUGAUCAGCAAACAUAGCCAUGAGCAGAGUGACCGUGGCGAAGGGGUGGAGGUUGUCCAGAAUGAGCCCUUUGAAGAUCCUAACCAUGGCAAUGGGCAGUUCACAGAGAAGCGAGUGUAUCUCAACAGCAAAUUGCCUAGCUGGGCUAGAGCUGUUGUUCCCAAGAUAUUUUAUGUUACAGAGAAGGCUUGGAACUAUUACCCUUACACAAUUACAGAAUACACAUGCUCAUUUUUGCCAAAAUUCUCCAUUCAUAUAGAAACCAAGUAUGAGGACAACAAAGGAAGCAACAAUAGCAUUUUUGACAGUGAAGCCAAAGAUGUAGAACGAGAAGUUUGUUUUAUUGAUAUUGCCUGCGAUGAAAUCCCUGAGCGCUACUAUAAAGAAUCUGAGGAUCCUAAACAUUUUAAAUCAGAGAAAACAGGGAGAGGACAUUUAAGGGAAGGCUGGAGAGAUAGUCACCAACCCAUCAUGUGCUCCUACAAAUUGGUGACUGUGAAAUUCGAAGUCUGGGGACUUCAGACCAGAGUAGAACAAUUUGUACACAAGGUGGUCCGAGAUAUCCUGCUGAUUGGGCACAGACAGGCUUUUGCAUGGGUUGACGAGUGGUAUGACAUGACAAUGGAUGAAGUCCGAGAGUUUGAAAGAGCAACUCAGGAAGCCACCAACCAGAAAAUUGGAGUUUUCCCACCUUCAAUUUCUAUCUCCAGCAUUUCCCUACUGCCUUCUGCAAUCCGCACUGCUCCUUCUAGUGCUCCAUCUACACCACUGUCCACAGACCCUCCAGAAUUCUUAGCAGUUCCCAAAGAUCGACCUCGAAAAAAGUCUGCCCCAGAAACUCUCACUCUUCCAGACCCUGAGAAAAAAUCUGCACUGGAUUUACCUGGUGUACAUUCUUCAGACAAGCCAUGUCAGCCCCAAGAGUAACAAUGAAUAAAAUUUCAUGGUUUUUUGGGUGG